AUGGACGUCGAACAUCACAACUCCGGCUACAUUGGUAGACCAACGGUGGAUAUUCCACCGAGAAAGCUUCUUUCCUCCGUCAAAUCACCGUCCUCGACUUCAAGUCCCCGUCCCGACGAUAAUCACAAAGACUAUUGUUACGACUCUGACUCCGACGAUCCUUACGCCGGAGACCAUUUCCGGAUGUACGAGUUCAAGAUCCGACGGUGCACGCGUAGCCGUCGCCACGAUUGGACCGACUGUCCUUUCUCUCAUCCUGGCGAAAAAGCUCGUCGUCGUGACCCUCGCCGGUUUCACUACACCGGCGAAGUAUGUCCUGAGUUUCGUCACGGCGGCGAUUGCAGCCGUGGGGAUGAAUGCGGAUUCGCGCAUGGAGUUUUUGAGUGUUGGCUCCACCCGAGUCGUUACCGUACGGAAGCAUGUAAAGACGGUAAGCAUUGUGAGAGAAAAAUCUGUUUCUUCGCUCACUCUCCACGUCAGCUUAGAGUUCUGCCGCCGGAAAAUUUCGUCUCCGGCUGCAACGGUGGAUCUGCGUCGUCAUCCCCGGUAUUAAGUAAUAAGAAUAAUCGUUGUUGUGUGUUUUGUAAUUCCCACUCGCCAAGGAGCACUCUCUUGGGUGGUUUAGCACGAUCACCGCCGUCGUCUCCACCUCUGUCUCCGGCAAAUAAACAUGCCGUGUGUUCACGGCUGAGCCGCCGUCGGUCCACCGCCAUUGGGUACAAGGAAGUAUUAAACGAUCUUAUUAAUUCUUUAGAUUCCUUCAGUCUCACGGAAGCACUUGCCGUGGCUUCUUCAUCGUCUCUGGUCACUAUGCCGGUUUCCACGGCGGCUACAAUGCUUGUGUCAUCAAACCUAAGCAACUACCAUCACCGUCUUCCGGCGUGGCUUGAUGUCGGAGACAGAGAUCUUCAGUUACAACAGUUUGCUCUUUCACCUUCUUCUACUCCAAGUUACCUCAAUGGCCAGCUUCAUCUUCCGCCGCCACCAAGCUUCUUCAGCGAGGAACUGACACCACGCGGUGGCCGGCUAAGCGAUUUCACGGCGGCUGCAACUGCGGCGGCGGAAGCUAGGGAUAUGAAUAGCUUUGAGGUUGGUUCUAGUACCGAUCUUGAUCUCGGAUGGGUUAACGAUCUCUUGACAUGA